CCAAAAUCAUUAUCAGAAACAGAAAAGAAAUAAGAAGAGGUUACAUACAGCACCAAAGCAACAAUGGUAGCUAUGGCUAUGGUUGCUCUUCAGAGUUCCAUGACCUCCCUCUCCCUUUCCUCUAAAUCUUUCUUCUUCGGUCAGCCUAUCACUCUCUCCCCUCUUCUUCCGUGUAAACCAACAGAGAAGAAAUGUGUUACUGUAAUGAAGUAUAAACGAUGGGAGCGAAUUGAAUGUAAACCAAACAGCCUUCCCGUGUUACACAAAAUGCAUGUUAAAGUUGGAGAUACAGUGAAAGUCAUAUCUGGACGCGACAAGGGUCAAAUUGGAGAGAUUACUAAGAUCUUCAAGCACAACAGCACUGUUAUUGUCCAGGACGUAAACUUGAAAACAAAGCAUGCGAAGAGUAGAGAAGAGGGAGAACUAGGGCAAAUAUUGCAGAUUGAAGCUCCUAUCCACAGUUCAAAUGUGAUGCUCUACUCGAAAGAAAAUAAUGUAGCAAGUCGUGUAGGUCAUAAAGUCAUUGAGAAUGGUAAAAAAGUUCGGUACCUACUAAAAACUGGAGAGAUAAUUGAUAGUGAUGAGAAUUGGAAGAAACUGAAGGAAGCUUCUAAGCAGACUGAAGUUGCUACUACUGCUUAGUUUUACUGUAUUAAUUCAUGUAUUCAGCUGUUAUGUAAUUCUAUGCACUCUUGUAAUUUUUUCCCAAUUUUAAUUUUAAGUGUAUAUUAUGCAUGUUA